UUAGAUUUGGGCUUCUUCUCCUCAAAAUCUCAAUGGCAUCUGCUCACUCCCUCGCCGCCGCCGUUUCUGUUCUCGUUGCGCCCUCCAAACUCCCUUCUUCUUCUUCUUCUUCUUCUUCUUCUUCUUCUUCUUCUUCUUCUUCUUCUUCUUCUUCUUCUUCGUCUACUCUGCACUCUCUUUCUUGUCUUCGAUCUAAACCUCGAGAGCUCUCCUCCCUUCGCAGUGUCGUCUCACUCAAAGGAGGAGGUUUAGGUGUGGCAGCAAGAGCGCAGGGGGAAGUAAGUGCAGUGGGAGAUGAUGCAUUCAGUAAUGUGAAGCAUCUUCUUCUCCCAGUGAUUGAUCGGAAUCCUUAUCUUUCUGAAGGCACCCGACAGGCUGCUGCUACAACAACUAGUUUGGCAAACAAGUAUGGAGCUGAUAUCACAGUUGUAGUAAUUGACGAAGAAAAGAGAGAAUCAUCUUCGGAGCACGAGACUCAACUAUCCAGCAUCCGUUGGCAUCUAUCUCAAGGUGGGUUCGAGGAGUUCAAGCUGUUGGAGAGGCUUGGGGAAGGGAAAAAGGCGACGGCCAUAAUAGGAGAGGUGGCAGAUGAGCUUAAGAUGGAGCUGGUGGUUCUGAGUAUGGAAGCCAUCCACUCCAAGUACAUCGACGCCAAUCUUCUUGCUGAAUUCAUCCCCUGCUCUGUCCUCCUUUUGCCUUUGUAAUUUGCCUAUAUAUUUAUUAUACUCCAAAUCCAAUGAAUUAUACAUCUACCACAUGUUGAACAUGGAAAAGUCUAUAGAAGAAAGUAACUGAAUGUUUUUUUAGA